AACAUUGUAUCUCUUUAUAUGGGGGGAAGGGUCGGGGGAUCCCUCCGCCGCCAGCGCGUGGUCCCGGCCCCCUCCACCCGCCGUCUCGGCCGCGGCCAGCCGCCCCUGCCCCCCGGGGGACGCUGAGGGCUGCCGGGCGCGCCGCCUCAGCGCACGGACAGGGGGCGCUCCGCGCGGCCUGGGGCAACCCGGGCCACUGGGGCAGCAAAGUGAGGGCCCAGCUCGCCCCGGGCGUGCAGGGGCCCCGGGUUCUCAGCGGCAGCGGCACCGGCAACAGCGGGAGCGCAGGGUUGAGCCGGGAAGCCCAUGGCGGCGGCGGCUGCAGCUCCGAUCCCUCGCUGACUGCCCGUCCGCCCUCCUGCACUGAGCGCCAUGUUACCGAGCCAAGCUGGGGCCGCGGCGGCGCUGGGCCGGGGCUCGGCCCUGGGGGGCAGCCUGAGCCGGACCCCGACGGGGCGGCCGGGUGGCGGCGGCGGGACUCGCGGGGCUAACGGGGGCCGGGUCCCCGGGAACGGCGCGGGACUCGGGCCGGGCCGCCUCGAGCGGGAGGCUGCAGCAGCCGCGACUACCACCCCGGCGCCCUCCACGGGGGCCCAGUACAGCGGCAGCGAGGGCGACUCGGAGUCGGGAGAGGAGGAAGAGCUGGGUGUCGAGCGGCGCGGCCUGAAGCGGAGCCUGAGCGAGAUGGAGCUCGGCGUGGUGGUCGGCGGGCCCGAGGCGGCGGCGGCGGCCGCCGGGGGCUACGGGCCGGUGAGCGGCGCGGUUAGCGGGGCCAAGCCGGGGAAGAAGACCCGGGGCCGCGUGAAGAUCAAGAUGGAGUUCAUCGACAACAAGCUGCGGCGCUACACGACCUUCAGCAAGAGGAAGACGGGCAUCAUGAAGAAGGCCUAUGAAUUGUCCACACUGACUGGGACACAGGUGCUGUUGCUGGUGGCCAGUGAGACAGGCCAUGUGUAUACCUUUGCUACCCGCAAACUGCAGCCCAUGAUCACCAGUGAGACUGGCAAGGCACUGAUUCAGACCUGCCUCAACUCGCCAGACUCUCCACCCCGCUCAGACCCCACCACAGACCAGAGAAUGAGUGCCACGGGCUUUGAAGAGACAGACCUCACCUACCAGGUGUCGGAGUCCGACAGCAGUGGGGAGACCAAGGACACACUGAAACCGGCCUUCACAGUCACCAACCUGCCAGGCACCACCUCCACCAUCCAAACAGCACCCAGCACCUCUACCACCAUGCAAGUCAGCAGUGGCCCCUCCUUUCCCAUCACCAACUACCUGGCACCAGUGUCUGCUAGUGUCAGCCCUAGUGCUGUCAGCAGUGCCAACGGGACUGUGCUGAAGAGUACAGGCAGUGGCCCUGUCUCCUCUGGGGGCCUCAUGCAACUGCCUACCAGCUUUACCCUCAUGCCUGGUGGGGCAGUGGCCCAGCAGGUCCCAGUGCAGGCCAUUCAGGUACACCAGGCCCCGCAGCAGGCAUCUCCCUCUCGCGACAGCAGCACAGACCUCACGCAGACCUCCUCCAGUGGGACAGUGACGUUGCCCGCUACCAUCAUGACAUCAUCUGUGCCCACAACCGUGGGUGGCCACAUGAUGUACCCUAGCCCCCACGCCGUGAUGUACGCACCCACCUCGGGCCUGACUGAAGGCAGCCUCACCGUGCUCAAUGCCUUCUCCCAGGCACCAUCUACCAUGCAGGUGUCCCACAGCCAGGUGCAGGAGCAAGGUGGCGUCCCCCAAGUGUUCCUGACCGCACCUUCUGGGACGGUGCAGAUCCCUGUUUCUGCAGUUCAGCUUCACCAGAUGGCUGUGAUAGGGCAGCAGGCCGGGAGCAGCAGCAACCUCACUGAGCUACAGGUGGUGAACCUGGACGCCUCCCACAGCACCAAGAGUGACUGAUCUGCCCUGCCGCCCUGGACAGAUGGCCCAAGCGACAGCACCACUUAUUUAUUGUUGCCUUUUUCACAUUUUCUUUAUACACAUGUUGAUGGGCCGCAGGAGGGAGGCAGAACGGAGGAGUGGGCAGCCACAAGACUGAGCCCUCUCUCUCCAGCCAAAGAAAUGGGCCGGCCUGCCCUCCACCCUGUCCUCCUUCACCCUCUGCUCUUUCUAGCUCCACUUCCCAUUUUUGUUGAUGUUGGGGCUGUCUUCCCUCCUCCAGAUUCCCCUUGCCAGCUUGGUUCCAUGUUUGCCAUGAGUAUUAGCUUAUCCAAUGGGACCGGGCUCCACUUUCCCACAUAUGGGUCUCUGUGGGACUGGACACCCUGCCCUGCCCUCCCCCAAGGAAACAGUUGGGGUCCUCGCACCAACCUCCUUGCUGAGCCCAAACUGUACUGUGCUUGUCACAGGCUGGGUCCCCUUGCCCCUCAGGGAGUCAGUUGGGAAAGAGGGGCUUUUCCCUCCACACCUUUACCCGCUGCCUCUGCAGCUCCAGAGAGCUGGGCCUGUGCACAGCAGGUUCCCGGGGCUACCUGCCCUGCCUUGCCGAUCCCUUUGGACAUCCAGGGGUUCUUCGUGGGUUGUGGGGGAACCAUGAGUGUUCCCUUGCCUCCCCUUUAGCCCCCCUUUCUCCCAGCUGCUUUACCUAAAGUUGAUUUUGAACUUUUUGAGGAGACGAAGUGAAAACAAAUCUAUAAAUAUAUAUUUUUAAAAUAUUUAACUUUUUUUUAAUGUUGUUUUUCUCGUCCCUCUUCCUGCCCAAGCUCCCCUGCCCUGGGGAGCCCCCAGGCUCCCCAGAACUGGUUGGACCUCUGGGGAUCAAGCCCCCCAUGAGCUUGAGAUCCGCCAGUAUGUGGGGGAGAUUCUGGGAUAACCCAGUCCUGGAUUAUUUCCAGGAAAAAACUGGGAGAGGGGCCCUCAGGCCAUGCCCCAAUGGGUGGGGAGUCUGACCCUCAGCUCUGGGCCUCUUUUUGCCCUUGAGGGUUGUUGCUAGGGAGAGGGAAAAGGGAAACCAAAUGAGGGGCUGGGGUGGGAGGGAGUCAGGCAAAGGCAACUGACUUCAUUUGUGCCACACAUAUACACACAACACACACACACCUACACAUACACGGGCAUUGCAACCUUGUGCUCUCUCAGGCCUGCAGCUGCCUGCGGCCCAAGUUGCAGUGAGCAGGGUGGGGUCUGGGAGGGGGGGUAAGAGGCCGGAAUUUAGGGGGUCAAAGAAAUGAGGAGCAGCUCUUGGGUUGAGUAUAGUGAGAGGGGAGCCAGAAAUGGGCAGCUCUCCCAGGGAGUGAGCAGCUACUGUAACUUUUUUAAAUUAAGACAAAAAGCCUUGAAGAAAAUGACUUUAUUUUUCUAAGUGUAACCUCAGUAUUUAUGUAAUUUGUAUGGGGCCGUGCCCCACCCAUUCUGCCCACUUUGGGGUAGAUUUUGAGGGUGGGCCAGCAUAGGGGGAUGGCCUUUUACCCUGUCAGAGCCUCCCUUCACUACCUAGGUCCAGAAAGGAGGCUUUUUCAGAACUGGGCAGCAGCUGGGGAGGUGUUUUAUUGAGCCCCUCUGUCUGCCUUCAGUAGAACAAGCCUGCUUCUGAGAUAAGGUGAAGGCUGAGGAGGUUUUUAAUGCACAGCCUAGUUAUCAAGGGGAUGAUUUGCCUGCAUGUUUGAGAAACCCCCACCCCCACCUCUAAUCCCACUGCUGUCUUGCCCUGAUUUGGGGUGCCAAUUUGGGAACCACCUAUCUGGGCUUUCUCCUGGAGAUAGCUGGGAUUUAUGGUGGCUUACAAGGCCGGGGCAUGGCAAAUCAGGGGCCAGAGAGUAGGAGAGCUUGGGACUCAGGUCUAUAACUGCCCAGCUCCUUUUCUCUGCUCUCGUUUCACUCCACCAUCACUCUCUCACUCCCCACUUCCUCACUUGGGAGGAGACCUUGAUGAAUUUCUCCUCUCCUUCCCACAAGAGACAGACCCAGUGAGUGAAUCAGGCAAAGUGCUUCUAAUGUGUGUUGUAUGAGUGUGGCCUUGGGAGAACCUGUGUGCAUCAGGGACAAGGUGGCAUUUAUAUGUGCAGCAACCCUUGGUGUUUCCCUUCCUCGGUGGCUCUGGUGUGUGUGUGUGUGUGUGUGUGUGCAUGCAUGUGGGCGCGCGGAUGCGUGUGUGCUCCUGAGUGAAUGUGUGUGUGAAUGUGGGGUGUGUAUGUGAGUGGUUUCUACUUCCCCUGGGAUGCUGACCCAGGAAUAGUGGACAUGGUCACAGUCCUAUGUACAGAGCUUUCUUUUGUAUUAAAAAACAAAAAAUACUCUUUCAAUAAAUGUAUCAUUUUUGUGCACAGA